UUUAGCUUUGUUUUGAAGUCAACAAAUCCUUUUUUUAUUCCGUUGUUUUAAAGAGAAAGGUUUCUCUCUGGUGGCCACAGAAAUCAAAAGCGAGUGAAAGGUAAAGGCUUCUCUGCCAAGCCUUCAUCGCCAGCAACAGCAAUUGCAGCCAGAUCCAGACCAUGUUUAAGGUCCCAGAUUAUCAAGUUGCUGGCCACCAAGCCGGUGGUGGAAAGCUUGGCCCUCUUGUGGAUGAUUCAGGGCACUUUUACAAGCCUCUUCAAAGUGACGAGCGUGGAUCCCAAGAGUUAGCAUUCUAUACAGCAUUCUCUACUGACACUAGGAUUCCAGACCACAUCCGCAAGUUCUUCCCUGUAUUUCAUGGCACUAAGCUUUUAGAGGCGUCUGAUGGUUCUGGCCUGUCUCCUCACCUGGCCUUGGAAGAUAUUGUCUCAAGCCGAAUCAAUCCAUGUAUAUUGGACGCUAAAAUUGGUGCCAGAACAUGGACCCCACAAGCUGCUGAAGAUUAUCUCCAAAGGUGUCUUAAGAAAGAUAGAGAAACCGCGAGCCUGGAACUGGGGUUCAGGAUAUCUGGACUCCAAGUGCAUGGAAACAAAGAAACUGGAGUUUGGAAGCCAGACAGGACGGUUAUUCAGAGGGGUAGCGUUGAUGAGACUAAGUUAACUCUUAGGAAAUUUGUAUCUUCUAACCCAUCUACCGAUUCAGAUAUAUCAAACCAGAUUGUUGUUUUUGCAUCGACUGUCUAUGGUGGUCAUAAUGGGAUAUUGGCACAGUUGCUGGUACUGAAGUCGUGGUUUGAGGAGCAGACCAUUUACCAUUUCUACUCUUGUUCAGUUAUGAUGGUUUACGACAAGGAAUCGUUGCAGCAAGGGAAGAAACAAGGUGCUCAAAUUAAACUUGUUGAUUUUGCUCAUGUGAUCGACGGGAAAGGUGUAAUCGACCAUAACUUCUUGGGCGGGCUCUGCUCCUUGAUAAGGAUGAUCUCAGAAAUUGUCACCGAUCCUAGUACUUGACCCGACGCAUGUUAUGCCCACAACUCUGAAAAAGAAGAAGCAUUUUAUGCUAAUAACAGCUAGGAGAAAUGCAGUAUCCUAAGGGGAACUCUCCUUUUGUCAUUCCUCCUGUGGGGAUUUUGGAUUCUAAAUCCAUGAAUAUUCAGUUUUCUUGCUACUGAAGUAAUUGAUACUGCUCAUGAUUUCAAUUGUUGACGAUGUUUAUUGAAUUUUUUUGA